UUCUCGCACCUUCUCAUGCACCAGAGAUCUGGUCUCAACCUGCAUCUUAAAUAUCGAUCACAACCACCGACCAAAAUAAAAAAAUGUCGAUCGCAACCUUUGAUCUUUGACCAAAUUCUCUACUUAAGGGUCAGAGCUUCCUUGAAGAUAAAGACGGCAUGGGAUGAAUGCAUCGCCGAAGGGCGCGAGUUGUCUAUGCGCAGAGAAAAAGAGUGAAGUAGAGGAGAGAGAGAGAGACAGCUAGGGUUUUUUCUUUUCUUGGGUGUUAGAUUCACUCUUACCAUAUCUUCGACGGUGCAUGAGCGCGCAAGAGAGAGAUUUGCCAUCGACGGUAGCUACAUCGAGGAGAGAGAAUUUACGGUAAGAGCGUUUUCUGUGUUGAAACGAGUUUUGAGGCAAUUCUGGAAUUUGGGUUAUGUAGUUAUGGACUAAGAUAUGAAGAGGUAAUAUAUAUAUUGGAAGUAAAUUAUGCAAAAUGAAAUUUGGGGUGGAAAUGAGAAAGCGAGUUUUAGUAACUAGUUUGUAAAAAUGAUUCCCAAGGGACAACCAAAAAAAUAUACUUCCAUCACCAGGUCGUCAGCCCUGGGUCCACGGGCUCACGCGGAGUCCACGCAAAUCUCUUCCACAUGUCUAACCCUUUCGAUUUGAUUCCGCAACGCAACAUGCUCGGCAGGCGCAAUCCCAUCUCCCGCAGAAUCACUUCGCAAGUUCUUUCGCCAUGUCCAGCAUGAAGAAGCUGAUCCAUUCCUGCCAUUACGCUGGCUCUCAGUUCUGCAACUGGGUAAGACCCAGAGCGGCUCGUCUUCUCCGGCUAUGCCGAGAUUCGAUCUCGUGGCUCUCUCGGUUCUUGCUGUUCCACGUCCACCCUUUCUGGAUUCAGCUCGGCUACUACCUUGCCGUCUCUCUGGCGGGCUAUCUCGUUCUGAAGGCAACCGCACGGGAUGGCUCUGAGCUGAGGCACCGGGACUUGGACCUCUUCUUCACCUCGGUGUCGGCGACGACCGCUUCGAGCAUGUCCACAGUGGAAAUGGAGGAGCUCUCGAGGGCGCAGCUCCUGGUCAUGAUUGUCUUGAUGUUGCUCAGCGGUGAGGUGUUCACUUCACUGCUCGAACUCCAACUGUUGAGAUUGAAGCUACUCAAGCAAUCCAGGCUCGAUGAGCAAGCCGACCGUCGAAGCGGUUUCGUCGACUGCAUCGAGUUGGGCAUCCCAAGUUCCGCCCAGAAAGUCGACUCGAACCAGCACAACGAAGCGAAAGCCGUAUCAGUUCGCAACCCCAAUAUGUCCAACAAGCUGAAGUACGACGCGGCGACAUGCCUGAGCCAGGUCGUUCUCGGCUAUAUACUCGUCUUCCACGUGCUCGGGUCGGGCCUUAUCACGCUGUACGUGUAUCUGGAUCGAGACGCGAAGCAAGUGCUCGAGCGGAAGGGGCUGCGAGGGGACUUGUUCAGCCUGUUCACGAUGGUGUCCACGUUCGCCAGCUGCGGGUUCGUGCCCCUCAACGAGGGCAUGGUGGCCUUCCGGAAGAGCCCGGGCCUCCUGCUGAUCCUGAUCCCCCAAGUGCUCGCGGGGAACACGCUGUACGCGCCGUGCCUGCACGCGGCGCUCUGGGCCCUCGAGAAGGCGUCGGCGAAGAGAAAGGAGCUCGGCGACGCGCUGAGGAACGGCAGGGACGUGGGGUACUUCCACUUGCUCGGGAGCGUCCGGUGUCGCUACAUAUGCCUCACCGCGCUCCUGUUCGUGACGGUACAGCUGGUGCUGUUCUGCGGGCUGGAGUGGAGGUCGGGGAUCAUGAGCGGGCUGACCCCAUACCAGAAGCUGGUGUGCUCUCUGUUCCAGGUGGUGAAUUCCAGGUAUGCCGGGGAGAGCGCGUUCGACCUCUCCAUGGUCUCCCCUGCGGUCCUGGUCCUCUUCCUCGUGAUGAUGUACCUCCCGCCCUACACGUCGUUCGCGCCGGAGAAGUACCAUCAGAAGGUCGUUCUGGGACGCCCGACCGGAAACGCCGCCCAUCAUCAGAGCAGCACUCUUGGAGGGUACUUCACGCUCUCUCAAAUCUCUUACCUGGUCAUCUGCGUCGUCGGCGUCUGUAUCACCGAGCGGCGGGCCAUGGUCGACGACCCCCUCAACUUCAGCGCGCUGAACAUCGCCGUCGAAGUGAUAAGCGCGUACGGGAACGUGGGAUUCACGACCGGCUACAGCUGCGAGCGGCGGCCCAAGGCGGAGGGUUACUGCAAAGACGCGACGUAUGGUUUUGUAGGGAGGUGGAGCAAGACCGGGAAGCUGAUCAUCGUUGCGGUUAUGUUCUUUGGUAAGCUGAGCAAGUUCAGUAAGCGAGGAGGCCAAGCCUGGGACCUCUCUUGACGAAUCUGUGAAUAUAUUGGAAGCUUGCAUACCAAUAUAUAGUUGACUUCCUUUGCAUUCUUUCGGUCUCUAAAAACACAAGCCAUUAAGUCCUGAAAUUUAUCAGGACAUACUUGUUAAAUUUUAAAACUUGCAAUUCCAAUGCACUUGAGCCUUCUUAUUAAGAAGGCGACGCGGUUGCUGUCAACGAAGUUUAUAAAAUCUUAUGGAGAUAA